AUGCGGCUGGCAAAGUACCCCGACCUCGAAAAAGCGCUUCUCCUCUGGAUUAAGGAGAUGCGUGCUCAGGACAUACCGCUGAGUGGCCCCGUCAUAUUGGCGAAGGCAGCGGACUUCGCCCUGCGGCUGGGCUACGACGACUUCGCAGCUUCAGAUGGGUGGCUGCACCGCUUCCGUGAAAGUUGGCGCUCCGAGGUCCUACAAGGCUACCUACGGAAGUACUCUCCGCAGGACAUUUUUAAUGCUGAUGAGACAGGCUUAUUUUUCAAGUUACUGCCCGCCAAAACGAUCACGUACAAAGAUGACAAGUGUACGGGGGGUAAACGAAGCAAAGAGCGAGUAACGGUGAUGGUUGCGGCAAAUAUGACCGGAAGUGAAAAGCUACCGCUGUUCGUGGUAGGAAAGUCGAGCAAUCCUCGCUGCUUCAAGAACAUCAGGUCCCUCCCAACAGACUACGCGGCAAACAGGAAGGCUUGGAUGACUGGAGAGUUGUUUAAGCAGUGGCUCAUGAAGGUAGACAAGAAGUUCGAGCGCUGUGGCCGCAAAAUCCUUCUUCUUGUCGAUAACUGCUCUGCGCACAAGAUUGAAGUUCAAACGAAUGCCGUUGAGUUGGCCUUUCUUCCAGCCAACACAACGGCAGUGCUGCAGCCCAUGGACCAGGGCAUUAUAAAAAAUUUGAAGACAUUUUAUCGGCGCCACAUACUAGAAAGAGUUAUUCUAUGCCAGAAUUACGAAGUGACGCUCUUGAGUGCACUGCAUAUGCUUGUGCGUGCUUGGGAACAAGUGACAGGGGCUACAAUAGCCAAUUGCUAUCGCCACUGUGGCUUCACCACGCAAGGCGAGCACGUGGACGAGCCACCUGCGCACGGAGACUGCGUCACUAGCGUCACCGCUCCCAUGUCGGACGUUCUGAAAGACGUUUCCUUUGCCGACUACGUAGACGUGGAUGCGAGCGCAGUUGUCUGUGGUGUGACCACAGACGAGGACAUCAUUUCCCAAGUUAAAAACAUAGAGCCUGUCGCUGCCAGUGACGACGACGAGGAAGACGACGAGGCACCGGUGCGGCCCUCCGCUGCGGAAGUCAUGGCCGGACUUAAUGCCACCCGCCUGUUCUUCAGUUUUGAAGAAAGCGAACAGGAAGCCUUCCGCAACAUUCGCUCUUUAGAGCAGAAAGAAUGGGUGAAAAUGCCUUCAUCGGACGACACGCCAGCACAUGUAAAAGAAUUCCAGGCAGCUUGUGACUUUCCGCAAGGCGUCUGGGCCCUGGACGGCUGUCACAUACCGGUAUCGCCGCCAAAGGAGCACACAAUUGAUGAAAUUCUAAGUAUUCUUUCUUCAGGAACCUCCUCUCUUGGAAGCUACCUCAGUGAUGUUUGCUCAGACGUAGAGGAAUUUAUAGUUGUUUAGUGAGAUUUCUUCAAGUUCUUCAUAUGUUACCUUUAUUCCUUUCGUCUCAGACAAUUUAAUCAAUUUCAGUAUUAACAACAAUUUCUUAAUACCAUCCAAAUCUUAGCCAAUCGCUCGCAGUGAGUAUGCGCCACCUUAGAAGCCGAUCCUCGAGAGAAGACAACAUGUAUCGUCUGCCUUUUUACAAGUACUUAGAUUACCUCCUAAUGUUGGGAUACUUGGAUUGUUUUCAGGAAGUGAAGAAGAGGGAUGACCCCUUCCUCUACCUGUCUUACAACAAGGUAAGUGCAACUCCGGAAAGUUGUGCGACUUCGACUGCAAUGACUGCUCCAUCUUCCUUUAUCCGUUGUGGUGACUACCUG